GUUUCAGAACUUAAUGUUGAAGGGAGAGUGUCUCCUAUAAAACGUACACGUUCACCAGUAAGUAGAAUUAAGGACAGCAUUAGUAAUUACUUUUUUCCUAAUUCUGGAAAGGAUUCAACCCAACUUGUCGAAUUUACGGUCACAGAACAAGAAAGUAAAAUAGAUCAACUUCGUACUUAUUUAGAGGAGUUAGGUCAUCCUUUAGAUACUUUACAACUAGAAAAUUUAUUGAAGAAAAAUUCUUGGAAUGUAAUGGAAGUAGCGGAUUAUUGUACAGAUUUAAUAGAAGCUGAAGAUGGUUUAGUAUCAGAUAUUCAAAAGGAUAUAAUAAUGCUUGGAUCUGAAAAUGAUCGAUUUACUAACAGUUUAAUGUUUGCAAUGUUUGCAAGAACACGGUCUUUUGACGGUUUACUUUUUAUUCAACCUGAAGGAAUAAAUGUGAGAAGUUUACAGACAAAUUUACGAUUAUUUGUGAAUCGACUUCGACAAGGAAAAUAUAUAAGUGCUUAUAUGGUUAAGCAAUUACGCGAAUGUUUGUUUGAUUGUGGAUGGAUUGGUAAAGAUGAAAAUGGAAACCCAACUCAAGAGGAUGCUAGUGAAUUAUUUUUAUUUCUAUCAUGUCUUUAUGAACUUCCAUACCUUCCACUUGGAAUUCAUUUAUUUCACGGAGGAACUAAAGAUCCAAAUGAUGAGCGAGUUAUAACUGAACGUUUGAUACAAGUAGCUAUACCGGGUGAUCCACUUGACGAAACGCCAGUUUCUUUGGAAGAAGUUUUAAUAACACAUUUUCAUGAUAAUGUCGUAUCCGGAAUAAAACGAUUUUCAGCAGAUGAUACUGAGCAAACCGAAAUUCCAGUUUCAGCAUGGCAAGUGCUAAAGCUUUUACCAUUUUAUUCAGCAAGUAAUGAACAAGGUGAAAGAACAAAUGCAAUUGAAUCACAUUUUCCAACCAAUAAUCUGAUUUUACCAUUGGUACUGAAACGAUAUGGUUACAAUGACAAAAUGCAACCAUUUCGAAUAAAGAAGAAAAUAUAUAUUCCUCCAUCAGUAAAUUUUAAUUCCUUUGUAAGUUCAGAUGCAGCUGACGAACAAUGUCAUUGUGGCGUUGACAUUCAAUAUCGUUUAAAACUACGGUCAGUUGUAUGCCAUUAUGGAGAUACACCCACACAUGGACAUUAUAAAGGUUAUACGUUAGACGAUGAACAAGAUCGAUGGUAUCGGCUUGAUGAUUUAGAUGGUGAACAUGUAAAAGAGUUUAGCACAAUACAAGACAUGACUUUACUUUUUAGCGAAUUUAGUCGACAUGGUUAUUUACUUUUUUAUGAAUUGCAACGUUUACAUCCGGGCAUCGUUGAAGAAGAGUUGGCGAUAGAACAUGAUUACUAUGUUGCACAAAAUUUGCAAUUGGUUGAAUUUUUAGAUGGUAAGAAUAAUCAAUGCACGGUGCAGUAG